AUGAAAUCGUAUUUUGCUGACGCCCUUCAACUGUUGAUUCAUGGUGAUUUUGGAAAUUUUGAAAAACUCCUGAAACAACAUCCCGAAUUGCUGGAAAUCAAAGCUGGCAAAAGAUCGCUGUUAACAUUUGCAGUGCUUAACGAUCGGCUUCGACCAGCCCAAUAUUUGCACAAGAAAGGUUUUUUGUUUUUUGAUGGGGAUGAUAACGGUGUAACCGCUGUACACUGGGCAGUACUCGCUGAUGCAGAAAAAUGUCUUAAGUAUAUUUUGAAGAUAUCACAAGCUCCACACGAAAUACCCUGGGUGCUACUGAAAGACUGCCAUGGUGUAACGCCGGUACAUUUAGCCGCAAAAUUAGGACGCACAAGAAUCUUAAAAUUACUGCUUGAUGCGGUUGAUGAUCCAGACAGAUUCUACGAAGAAGCUCUCGACAACUAUAAACGAUCUGCACUACAUUACGCGGCAGCUUGUGGUAGGGUUGCAUGCUGUGAACUCUUGUUGGAUUGUAGCAUUCAACUGCAACCGGAUCAACGGGAUGACAACAAUCAAACACCGCUGAUGUGUGCUGCGGCAAGCGUAUAUCCAGACGGUGCGUUAGCCAUAACUGCGAGAGUUGUGCGGCUGCUCGGUACAAGACUUUUACAAAGCGGGAAACGGUCAUUACUAACAGCUCGCGAUAAAGAUGGCCGUACAGCUUUACAUCUUGCGGUUCUUGCGUCAAAUGAUCAAGUUAUUGAUGUUCUAUUAGAUGAAUUGCAGGGUUUACCCGAGACAUUUGACAACGAGGGACGAACGCCAUUGCAUUAUGCAGCACAUCGAGGACUUUCGGGAGUGGUAAAAAAACUGAUAGAUGCAAAAGCAAGAAACGUAACAAGAGAUAAGUUUGGUGUAACGCCGGCUCAUUAUGCAGCCUCUGAAGGACAUUUGACAGUCUUAGAGUUGCUGCUUCAGACAAGGCAGAAUCUGCAAGAAGUAUACGAUAAAGAUAGGCGAUCAUGUCUUAUAUGGGCUAUAAUAAGUGGGCGAGUCGAAAUAGUCAAACAUUUACUGGAGAAAUUUAACUACGAUAUAAACGAUAAGGAUAAAUAUGGAUAUACAGCAGUACAUCACGCUGCACAUGUUGGUAACACUCAGAUAAUAAAAAUGUUAUUCAAAUUUCGAGACGGAUGCAACAUCAACAGCGUCGACAAUAAUAAAGCAACACCACUUCAUCUAGCUGCUGGAAGAGGCUUGACAGACGUUGUUCGAUGUCUAAUAACACUUGGUGCGAUUCGGGAAAGUGAAGACUUUCAGAACAGAACUCCAGUGUUUUAUGCAUGUUUGGGUGGUCAAGCACAUACAUUGAAAGUCAUGUUAAAUGAAUUGGACUGCGAACCACAAACAACGGACGCCUUGGGUCGUACAGCACUUCACUGUGCGGCAUUUGCUGGAUUCGUUGCUUGCAUCGAAGUUUUAAUCCAAAAAUCGGAUCAGCUAAUUUAUGCUAAAGAUAAUGAUCAACUAACUGCCUUACAUGUAGCCUGCUUAUCUGGAAAGCUCGACUGUGUGAAAAUACUGCUGCAGUAUGGAGCUCCAGUUAACACCUAUUCAGCUCUGGAAGAAGUUACGGCACUUGAUUGUGCAUUCAUGAAUGGAUAUAAACAGAUUUAUGAUUUUCUCCGAUCUAAUGGUGGUCUGUUGGCAACUGAGCUUAAAGAAAUGGCUGUGAGAAUAAUUCAGCGAUGGUGGAGAUCGCACAGAAAGAAAAAAUUUUGUCGAUCACCUCGCGAUCCAUCACCACCACGUAAUUCCACACAUUUUCGGCAUCAAAGAAUUUUCUGA